AACUCAUUUAAAAAAAAAUAAAAAUUAGGGAGGGUGUAACUUGCAGUUUUCAAGAACCUUUGUUGGCGCAAACAGUGACGGUGUGUUGUGUGUGAAACGAAAGCAUCAAAUCAAGCAUGGCUAUGGCGGCACGAGUUGUGAUUAAGAAGACGAAGAACAUCAUCGGUGCUGCUACUCUUCUCCUACGAUCUACUUCCAACUCUUCCAUAUCCUUCAUUUUCCAUAAUCAUUCUCUCUCUCCACCAAAUUCUCACCUUCACCCCUUCUCUACUCUUCACACCUCCUUCUCUCGCCAUUUUUCAUCUUCACUUUCAGAUGAGACAAGUGAUGAAGGUGAAAGUAAAGAUGGAUGGGAGGAAGAAGACGAGGCUGAGCCCAAGAUUGGCGACGGGGGAAGCGGUGGUGGAGUUGCCUUGCAAAAUGUGCCAUGGGGUCAGCGAGCCCUUUCUAUUGCGGAGGAGGUCCUUGUGCAGUUCAGUGAGGACCUCAAAUUAUAUGCUUUCAAGACUAGUCCCGGUGGAUAUGUUUACGUGAGAUUGGACAAAGUAACAAGCGAAUAUGGAUGUCCAAGCAUGGAUGAGCUUGAAAGCUACAAUCAGGAAUUCAAGAAAAGAUUAGAUGAAGUUGGAGCACUUGGAGACAUACCUGAUGAUUUGGCUCUUGAGGUUUCUUCCCCGGGUGCUGAUAGGGUACUGAAAGUGCCAGAUGAUCUUAAUCGAUUUAAAGAGAUGCCUAUGAGAGUUUUCUAUACAGAAAAUAUAGAGUCGAAUUGCCUUGAAAUGGAUGGAGUAUUCAUUUUAGAUUCCAUUGAAAAUGACUCGGAGAUAUGUGUUUGGAAGUUGGCAGAUGUUCAAGAGAAUAGAGACCCUACAAAAAAAGGCAAGCCAUUGAACCGCAAACAAAAGGAUUGGAGAUUAAGAUUGCCAUUCAACUUGCAUAGGAUGGUAACUCUAUACAUUGAUUAGUUGUAAAAUCUUAUAUGUUAAUUGAUUUAGGAACAUAGAAUCUUUCUCUAUUUCUCCAACCCUCCCCCCAGCACCUAUCUUUUUAGUUUUUAGUUCAGAUCAUUACCGGGCGAGUUACUGAUUUUCAAAAUUCUGAAUGGGAUUUGACUAUAAUAGCUUUGGACGUAAUUUAGACUAAGCUAUUCUACAAGAAGUUCAUAGAUGAAGUUCUAAAUUUAUUAGUUAAUACAGUAUUUUAUAAAAUAAAGCUCUUACCAUAAGCAUAAGUGCAUAGCUACAACAUUUGAUGCGAAAGAAAAACUGCAAUCUUUACUCUUUCAUUAUGUUGUUCAUAUUUACAAUGGCAUUUUCAUUUUUAAAUUA